UGCAAUAAAGGCAGAUAGCGGACCAUGGGGAGCAGGGGAAAACUUUUUAUACUGACAUGUUAGCGCAAUGACUUUUUGAGCAACAUCUAACUGGGACGAGGCUCCCGGCGUGAGGAGGACAGGGCCCCUUUACGGGAAGAAUUCAAAAAAGAAAAAAAAAAGGAGCACUUGCCAUCUGCCGGGGAAAGCAAGACGGUUAAAGAGUUGAGAGCAGUCCAACAAACAGCGGUGGAAAAUCCAGUUUAGCCAUUUGAGUUGAAAGAUGAGCUUGUUGUCUGCCAUAGACACGAGUGCCUCCGUGUACCAGCCUGCGCAACUUCUCAACUGGGUCUAUCUUUCAUUACAAGACCCUCACCAGACCAGCGCCUUUGACGCGUUCAGACCCGAGCCCAACUCUUCCCACCCGGAUCUCAGCUUCAGCAAGCCUCCCGCAGCGGCGGACCUGAGCUCUUCCCUGAACUCCAACUAUCUCAACAACUUCUUUCAGCUGCAGCGAAAUGAGGCCUUAAACAACAACGUGUAUAAGAAUGUGUCACCCUAUGGCUCCCUUAACAACAUUGUGGAUGGACUCAACUCCCUGACGGACCAUUUCUCAGACCUUUCCCUUUCUUCAGAGCCAAGGAAACCCAACAAAAGACCCCCACCCAACUAUUUGUGCCACCUGUGCUUCAACAAGGGCCACUACAUCAAAGAUUGCCCUCAGGCCAGACCCAAAGGUGAAGGACUGACACCCUACCAGGGGAAGAAAAGAUGCUUUGGAGAAUACAAAUGCCCCAAAUGUAAAAGGAAGUGGAUGAGCGGAAACUCCUGGGCCAACAUGGGACAAGAAUGUAUCAAGUGCCACAUCAAUGUCUAUCCACAUAAACAGAGGCCUUUGGAGAAGCCGGAUGGCCUGGAUGUGUCCGACCAGAGUAAGGAGCACCCACAACACCUGUGUGAGAAGUGUAAAGUCCUGGGCUACUACUGCCGUCGUGUGCAAUAAUCAUCUUAAUCCAGAGGCUGAGAGCAACGUUUGGAUCCCAAGUAUCGCUCAACCACCAUCGAGGCUUUUAACAUCUUCCCAACCCAGCACACGUCCAGGUUUUUCCUCAUCCAUGCCCUGCACAUAACAUGGAGUCCUUUCCUCCUCACAAGCCUCCAAUAUAGACAGUAGCUCUAAUACGCCUCUUUCUCCCUGAAGCCUUCCUUCCUUACAACAGCAAUGAAACCAUCAUUGAACACAGACUUUAGACACUGCAUUUCUUUUUCUAUGACAGUAUUGAGAAUUACACCCAGGAAUGAGAGGAACCUGAAUGCCGAGGAUCAAUCUUAUCUCUCAAAAGUAGUCUUCAUCGGAAAAAAAAAAAACAAAAAAAUUGCCAAAAUCUUUUUUUAAUGCCUUGUGUUUCAGAAACCACAUAACCCGAUUGAUCCAACUCAGUGUUUAACAACAGUAAAUUGUUGUAUCAAUGAUUUAGCACCAGGCUUGUAUUUCAUUGGUGUCGCUGACAACAUUGGUCUCAGUAGAUUACCUCACCUUGGGGUUUGUUGGCUUUGUGUUUACAGAGAUCUGCUUUUCCAUUUCCCUGCCAAGUGAAGUGUGUGGCGAUGUGAUGAACGUUUAACCAGGGCCUCUCACGAUGAUAUACGAGGCCUUUUGAUGCCGUGCCGUAUUAGGGUCAACAGCACAUCUUAUUAACUGUGAAUUAACUGAGGGAUAAUGUGCCAUACAUCCCGAGCUUACAUUUGGCCUAUUUAUUUUCUUGUUGUCAAGUGUGCAAUUUGAAUUUUAACUGGGACAUAAAGAAAUAUUUUUUUUUGUAUGUUUGUAUAUCACAAUAUUGUGUAACUGCUUCCACGUGUCUUUAGAAACUACUGUAGGUUCAGUUGUGUAGUCGCUCCUCGGCUAGAUUUAGUGCAUUGCUAACAGAUGAGGUUUCAUUCACCCUCCCUAGAGUAUUUUUGCUACCACACAAAUUCUCAAGUGCUGUAGUGUUAGGUAGAUUUAAAUGCUAGAUUAGUAAACGUGUCACUGUAAUUUCAAAGUAAAAGAAGGGUCAACGGAGAAGACGCUUUAGGAGCAGCUUCAGUAACAGUAACAUGCUGCCACACAUGUUUUCAUCAGUGUUGAAUAUUCUGUUUUCCAAAACAGCUUGCCACAGUUUGAUUAGCCUCAUUAAAUGUUACUCGACAGUUAAACUGUUCACCUAAAGCCUGAUAAGAGUGUAAACAGGGGUUUGUAAAAUACAAAUGAAACGUUUGAACGAGAUUCAGAAUGACGUUACAGUUUUAGUGCCAGUUGAUGCCUGGCAGCCUUAGCGGAGUCAAUGAAGCAAAAUGGAACUUUUCCAAGGGUUUGCACCCUUCAAAAACUAUAUCCAACAGCUAAUUGCAGUGAAAAGAGUGUCUAGAGGAAGGUGAAGCUUUGGAGAGCUGCAAUGAUUUUCAGGUUGGUUCAGAGAAAGAAUAUGAUUUGAAAUAGAAGGGAUGAUUUGUGAUGUGGUGAUGCUGAAGAUUUGUGGAUAUACUGAAAGUGAUUGUGAUUUAAGUUUACACUUGGAUUUGUUUUUUUUAUGGGGCCUACAAUCAUAAACCAUGUCUUUAAAGGAAGAGAAGUACCCAUUAUGUUUACAUACGUCACUGUGCAAAUCUAAAGCACUACAGAGGAAAUUAGUCGAGUUUUGACUUCUAGAAAUCUGCCUUCCAAGGAUCCUUGUAAUAGGAAUUGUGAACUAUUUUAUAUGUACUGUAUUUCUAGCCUUACAAAAGCUGGUCCAUUAUAUUUUAUACUGUAACAUACUGUAUGUGCCUUUAAAAUUUUUAACUAUCAUGACUAAGAUGCUAUUUGACAUUUUGAAAAGACAUGGAUUUAGGCUCAGAGGUGGAGCAGUAUACAGUAGACAACAGAACUGAGAACACCCCUGUAUGAAAUCACUUAAAUUUCAUAUGAUUUCAAGCUGUAUCCCCGCUCAAUAAUUGCAUUAUGUCUAAGUUGUGAUUUCCAGCUUGAGUGCAAAAGGUGUUGGGAAGACAAGAUUCAUAAAUGGCAUCAUUCCACAGUUUUUUGAAUAUGCCAAAACACUGGCUGACAAGAUGACUCCCAGUCUGCAGAAAGGGGUAUUUUAGUAUGAUAAGGAUUCAAAACAUUCGGCCAAAAGUUAUGCAAGAGUUUCUAAAAAAGAAAAAGAUUUUGGUUUUUUAAAGACCUGGCCAAGUACGUCACCAGACUUAAAUACGAUAGAACACCUUUUGGGUGUCUUUAAAGAGAAAGGUAGAGCAAUACAACCCCUCCAGCAAAGAGCAGCUGGAAAAGAUUGUGUCUGAAGUGUAACUCGGAAGCAAUGCAAUUACAGAGAGGUAACUGAAUCUUUUCAGUGAUGUUGCACAUGGGUGUUCUCACUUCUGUUGUAUACUGUAUGAGCAUGUGGUAACUGUGAUGCAUAGCAAGUCUGAUGUAGGUUCAAGUUGUGACAAAGGACAAGCAAACGAUAAAGCUCCUCUAUUUGCGGUUGAACUGGCAUGGUGGGUGUUCGCCUUAAUGCAGUUUGCUGAGUUGGAGGCAUGGGCUGAACCAGCAUUUCCAGCUGGCAAUAACAAUCCUACUGUGGUCUGUUGUCAUGGAAUAUCAACAAAGAUGUUAUUUCUUAGUCGAUCCUCACAACACAAUGAAGUUGCAUAUGAAACUGUGGACCUCACUCUUUGUUUUGUUAUCUGUUGUAGUUAUGUUUAUCCAAGAAACCGUGGGUUUUGUCAAAAAAUAUACAUGGUUACUUGCUUCGGUGGGAGUGGAUGAUAAUGGUACAUGACAGUGUGGGGAAAUUUAAUUAAAUUCCAUCUGUAAAGUUUAAAGGGCACUCCGGUGAUUUAGUAUUGCAGUUCCACCAAGUUGGGAGGCUUGCAAGAGACACUAAAGAAUAGUUCAUGCAGCUGAAGCUGACAUAUUCGCACUUAUAGUAUUUAGUGUGACUCACGCUCCAAAAAUGCAUUUUCAAUAAUGCAAUCUCAAUAGCAUCUUUCAGUAGAGUCCCCUGCCUGGAAAAAGGAUGAUAUUUUAAAAACUCUACACCCCCAGUUUGUAAUACAUAUUAUUUUUCUGAAAAAGUCUCUAAGCCUGAGUUGAGAUACCUCCAGAAGAACUUAUGCAACUGUUUUUACAGUCGGAGUUGUAUUCUCUGUGGUGGUAAACUGAACAUCGUGAGUAAAAUUGAUGGAGUGCCCCUUUAAAGGACAGAUUGUGAAUCUAUAUUAGGCCUAAUCUGAAUUAAAGCUUCUCCUUAUUGGCCACCACUGUUGGGAACAAUCCAUUUUUUUUCUUACUGUUAUCGUCUUUCUUGUGCUCCAUGUGAUGACACUAACUUUCGGAACCUUAUCGUCCACAUUGUACCACGUGGACGUAGUGAAAGGAAUAGAUACCAAUGAUGCCUUAUGAACUAACCUCAUAAUCAAAUAACAGUGUUAUUGUGAUUCACAGAGUUCUGGCAGAACAUAAAUGAGAAGUAGGUCUUGAGAAAUCCUGUCAGAGAGUUUGAUUCCGCCCAGAGACAUGUUAUGAGGAGGCCAUUUUAAAUGGCGAAUCAAGAGCCAAUGGAAGCAGCUGAUACAUUUACAAAAAAGAAGAAAUCUCUGCUUUCAGACGUAGUGUCUUGAAUUACAUAUACUUGACUUUUCUAAUACCUUUUCAGUUCAAAAUUGUUAUUUUCUAUGAAUGAGAUGUGUAUUUUGGAACACUUAAUAGAUGUUGAAAAUUUUAAAGCAAUCUGCAAAAACUCAAGAGUUAUUUCCCUGACAAAGAUAGAUUAUUUUAUGUAUAUAUUUGAUGGCCAUCAUUUUCAAUGAUAGUAGCUCUUUUAAAGUGUUAAGCAAUAUCAAAGCUUUUUUUGUGUGAAGAAGGGCCUAUUGCUGAGAAAUAAUCAAAGCUGGGAGUUUUUUUUUUCUUUGUUUUACAAUAAUCUAAAGGGUUAUCCUGCAGAAAUAUUUAUGGAAAGACUUUUUACAACACUUUUUGUAUAGAAUAUGCAACAAAGUUACACUAAGAAGGAAAUAUUGAUGUCUACAUAGAAUAUUAUUAAAAAAGCUGGUACAUAAUUAAUAACCUUUCAAUUAUAAGCCAUUGUAUUUUUGUGUUUUAGUUUAUGAUGUUAUCAGUUUUGAAUAACCCACGUUAUUCAGUUGCAUUGUGACUAAUUAUGAGCGGUCAUUUACAUCCACGCAGACGCAUGUAUUCGUUUUGUAAACAACAUUAUGAAGAUAUAUUGUGUUAACAUGCAGAAAUCUUGUUUUUGUUUUGUUUUUUUUCUUAAUUAGUGAUGGAUACUCACCACUGUAUAAGCACAUUAAACUGUGAGAUGUAGUUUGCUUAAAGCAGCGAUGACAAGAAACUAUUAUAAAAUGUUAUGGUGUUAUUAGUAGUAUUGGUAGGGAGUGUAUACUUUUGUCAAGAAAGCGUGUGUGACAAAGAACUAUUUUAGAGUUUGCAUGUGCAUGUGUUUGGUUUUGAAUGAAAUAUUCUUUUGUGCAAUGUAUACUUAUUUAAAUACUUUACAGUAGUUUGCUACAGUACAUAUUGUUUUUAACAUUAUAAGCAAAUUCUGAUUGUUAUUAGUCCUGAAGUAUUUCAUUUACCGCAAAUGUAGCCUGUGCAGAUAAUACGUAUUUACUGAAUGUAACGUGUUAACACUUAUGUGGUCAAGUUGGAAAGUUAUGUUUGUAUUCUUUGCUGUCUGUAUCACUUGAGAUGUUUGUCAUGCAGUAUUGCAAUAAUGUAAUAUUUGAAUUGGACAGAACGCAGGCGUGAGGUUGGGAAGACAAUGAUUCUGGGAAACAAGGACAGUGGUGGUUUCGAGAGUCGACCACAGGUCUGUUUUUCAUGUCCAUGAAACGGCAUUCCAAAAUGUGCCUUAUUUGUUAGUUGGGAAAACAUUUUAGUGCUUUAGUGCUGUUGAGAGUUUGAUGAAUAAAAGUCAUAUUGAAUUAAGA